AUGGCCAACGUCUCCGUCGCCGCGGAGUGGCAACUUCUCUACAAUCGCUACUACCGCAAGCCCGAGCUCUACCCAAUGCCAUGGAAGCACGUCGACCUCGCCCGCACCAAGGUCGCCGUCGCUCCCUUCGGCGGCCCCGUCGCCGUCAUCCGAGACGACUCCAAGAUCGUCCAGCUCCACGCCGAGUCUGCCCUCCGCAAGCUCCGCCUCUUCUCCUCCUCCGGCCGCCCCCUCGCUGAUGCCGUUUGGCGCCACUCCGGAGGCCGCCUAGUCGGUAUGUCGUGGACCGACGACCAGACGCUUCUCUGCGUCGUCCAGGACGGCACUGUCUACCGCUACGAUGUCCACGCCAAUUUGAUCGAGCCUAACCUCUCUCUGGGUAAAGAGUGCUUCGAGGACAACGUUGCGGAUUGCGUGUUUUGGGGGAACGGCCUGGUCUGCAUCACUGAGGCGAACCAGCUGUUCUGCAUCGCGGAUUUCAGGAACCCUAUGGCGGUUAAGCUCGCGGAUCCUGGGAUCGAUGAGAUACCGCAUUGUAUGGCGGUGAUUGAGCCACAGUAUACGGUUUCGGGAAACGUUGAGGUUUUGCUUGGCGUGGAUGAUGCUGUGGUGCUCGCUGUGGAGGAGGAUGGCGUGCAGAGGCUCGGGGAGGGAAUGCUGCGUGGACCGCUGCAGAAGAUGGUGGUGUCGCGGGACGGCAAGUGGCUCGCGUCCUUUACGCAUGACGGGAGGCUUUUGGUAACGACUUCGGACUUGACUGGAGUUAUCAUCGAGAGGGAGUGCGAGGUGGAUUUGAAUGAUACAGAGAGUCAGAAUGCUUAA